AUGGUCAGAUCAGUUAAACCUAAAAGUGAAAUAGGCCCUUUGCCUGAGAUUAUAGUAACAGCUUUAGAGAAAUCUAAAGAACGUCGUUUUUUAUUGGAUUUAGAAGAGAAGAUCUUAUCCUUGAUUGAAGAGAUAAUUUCUGGAAGCUCUAGAUCAAAUGGAGGCGAAUUGCAACGUCAAAAUGUCACUGUUCCUCAUAAAGAUUUGAAGAAUAAGUAUUAUAGAGCUUUAUUACAUAAAACUUGUGACUAUUAUAAGCUAGCUAGAUCAGAAGGUUUAAGCUAUUUCAGUAUUCAUGCCAGAGAGGACAUAAACUACAACAAAAUUCAAAGUCAAAUCGUUCAAGGAGGAGUUACUUUGAGUGAGAUAUUCGAUAAUUGUUUAAAGACAAGCAUUGAAGAAUUCAGUUUCGAACAACCUCCUGGGAAAUUUAGGGGGUUUGAAAGUACAUCCUUUGAAGACGGGUCCAGAAAGUUUACAAGGGGGCAUGGAAAACACUUGCAAUCUUCUAGUCAACAUAUCCAACAUCAAUACUUUGAAUCAUCCCAGAACUCCAUGAAUGGUACAUUUUUCCCUAACCCAAGCCAUUUCGAUCCACCACUGAUGUACAUGGGUUACUAUCCACCCAUGUAUUAUAAUGGAAGUAACCACCCAUUGAAUUUCCAGCCUGUAUUCAUUAACCCAUAUUCAAGUCCUUAUAUCAAUCCCUAUGUAUCCACCAAAACUUCUGAGAGGAAGCAUCAGUCAAAUUCGGAGACUAAUGAGGCUUAUGAUGGCAUACCAUUGCAAGAAUCGGGAACUCCAUCACAGGAGCCUCAGAUCCCAAAAACAACUGAACCAGAGUUGGAUCCUAUACAUAUUGAACCAGAUCAAACAUCACAAGAUCCACACCAAAUAUCACAAGAACCAGAUAAAGGGUCCUCUUGA